UUCAAUUAAUAAUUCAACGUGAAAAAUAUUUUCGUGAAAUAUUUAUAAAAUUACUUGAAUUACAAACAUAUAUAUGCACAAUAUUAUUUUCAAUGGACCUUAAUUAUUGUACACAAAAUACUGGUCUACGAUGUAAAUGGCAAUGGGAAUGUGGAGCAUUAGGUAUAGCUAGUGUAUGGACAUUAUUAUUAUUUGUAUUUAUGAAUUCAUUAAAAAUUGGUAAAUAUGGUCUUUUAUUUGUUAGUGUAUUUUUAACAUUUUUAAAAUUUUGUCUUAUAUAUGUAUUUAUAUGGAUUGGAUACAUAAUUGCAUUUUAUAUGUUAUUUAUACAUAAGAAACCUCAAUUCACCUAUAUAUUGUAUUCAAUACCAAAAACAUUAGCUAUGCUUACAGGAGAAUAUGAUUUUGAUGAUUUAUUUUUUCCAGAUGGAAAAGUUUUAGAAGGUAGUGAAGCAGCAAUGAUACUUUAUUCAAUAUUUGUAUUUACAAUGAAUAUAGUUAUUAUGAAUAUUAUGGUAAUUUUUUGGGAAUUGUUUGUUUUCUUUUAUACUAAGGAAAUAUGA